AUGGCCUGGUUCAAACAUGUCGCACUCUUGUUGAUCGCGGCGCUGCCACGCAUCACUGCUCUUCCCGUCAACGAUGCCAACGAUGCCAACGAUGCCAAUGAAAACUCCAUCAGCGCCGAGGGAAGAUACAUCGUCACCCUCCAGAACAACAUCCCAAUGCCUGAAGUCAGAAACCACAUGUCAAGGGUUGCGGCUAUCCAGUACCGUAAUUCUGGUAACCACAAGCUUCCUCAUACUGGCAUCGAGAAGGCAUAUGCUAUUGGCGAGUUUCGGGCAUACGUUGGAGCUUUUGACCUCGAUACACUCCAGAUGAUCCGCAAUGAUACAAGGGUUGCGGAAAUCGAGCCCGACACAGUCGUCAGCAUUCGCGAGGAGACUUCAUACAAGGCAGCAUCUCAGUCCAACGCACCUUGGGGCCUCGCAACAUUGUCCAGCAAGAGACGCAACACUGGAACCUACCACUACGAUACGAGCGCCGGCAACGGAACCUUUGCCUAUGUUUUGGACAGUGGCAUCAACGUCAACCACAUUGAGUUUGAGGGGCGGGCCUCAAAUGGUUACAACGCCGUGGACGGAGAUUUCACUGACAUUCAGGGGCACGGAACACAUUGUGCCGGGAUUAUCGGGAGCAAGUCCUAUGGAGUGGCCAAGAAGGCACAGCUCAUCGCUGUCAAAACAUUCCGCAAUCAGGAGACGCUCAUGUCCACCGUCAUGGACGCAUAUCAGUGGUCAGCCAACGAUAUUCGCACCAAAAACCGCGUAGGUCUUGCUGUAAUCAACAUGUCUCUUGGGGGGUCCUAUUCUCGCGCCAUGAAUCAUGCUGUUGAAUCUGCUUUCGAUAUGGGCAUCCUGACUAUCGUCGCAGCUGGAAACGAGGGAAGGCCAGCUCGACUCGUCUCGCCAGCAUCCGCGGCAAAUGCAUUCACGGUUGGUGCCAUCGACGCCGAUUGGCACCAGUGGGAGCAUUCCAACUUUGGUCCAGAGGUCAACAUCUUUGCUCCCGGAGUCAACAUUGAAUCCACAUACAUCAGCACAGACAUGGCGACCCGAAAGCUGUCCGGCACUUCGAUGGCAGCGCCUCAUGUGGCUGGUCUUGCGCUGUAUUUGUGUGCACUGGAGAAGAUUGACAAUCCAAUCACGUUGAGAGAACGAAUCCUGGACCUUGGCACCAGAGGUCGGAUUCACAAACUCAGGGGUGAAAGCCCCAACUUGAUUGCGCACAAUAACCUCCACUAA